AUGAGGAUGUGUUUGUUCCCUGCUGCCCUCGCCCUGCUCCUUUCAGCUCUGACUUCCUCUGUUGAAGCAUUCAAAUGUCCCAAACUGUGCAGCUGUGAUCACGCCAAACUCACAGUCUCCUGCCUCAGAAAGAAUUUAACAGAGGUUCCCCCGACUCUAGACGAGAUUUCUCUGAAGCUGGACCUGAGGAACAACCCCCUGCAGGUUCUGUCUCGGGGGGCGUUCACUCACACACCUUACCUCACUCACCUGAACCUGCAGCGCUGUGACAUCAGCCAGGUGAAAGAAGGGGCGUUCAGGAGUCUGGGUCGACUGGUGUCUCUGAACCUGGCACACAACAAGAUCAACGUCCUGUAUCAGGAGUCCUUCGAUGGUCUCUCCUCCCUGAAGGAGUUGUUUCUGGAUCAUAAUCGUAUCGAGGAGAUCCGACCUGGAGCGUUCACUCAGCUCGGCCUGCUCAACAUGUUAGACCUGACGCACAAUGAGCUCGUUUAUAUCCCCAACAUGGCCUUCCAGGGUCUGAACAGCAUCGGUUGGCUUCGUCUCAGUCAUAACUCACUGAAUAAUUUGGCUCAUGAGGCGUUUACUAGUCUGUUCACUCUGAAUCGUCUCAGCCUGGAUCACAAUGAACUACAGUUCUUCCCAACAAUCACCAUGAGCAGACUCCGUGAGCUCACCCGUCUGGACUUGAGCUAUAACCCCAUGACCUACCUCGGAGAAGAGUCAGUCUCCAUGGCCAAGCUGACUCACCUUUACCUGAACCACAUGUCUCUUCAGGACCUGUCUGAGCACGCUCUGUCAGGAGCUCCUCACCUGUCUCACCUGGACCUGAGCUUCAACCAGCUGCGUCACCUGGAGCCGCUCAAAGGCCCCACAGAGCUCAGCAGCCUCAACAUGACAGGAAACCCCGCCCAGUGUGACUGCUACCUGCGGCCCCUUAGAGAGUGGGCGAGGCUCUCAGGUGGGAAGCUGCUGGGGGCGUGUGCUGGACCUCCUCACCUGUCUGAUGAACCUCUGCAGACCGUCGAUCUUUUAAAUCUACGAUGUUACAGGAGGGGGGAGACACAGCAGGACGAGUUAGAAGAGGAGAGAGAGAGCACAGGAAACACAUCACCAACAGAAAAACCCAAAAGCAAAGUCAAAUGUCCGCCUACCUGCGACUGUGAUGCUGAAGCUCAGCACUCCUCCUGUGAGGCCCGUGGUCUCUCUAAAGUCCCUCGUGGUUUCCCAUCAAACACUCAGCUGCUCGACCUGCGCAGUAACAGCUUCCACUUCCUCUCAGAGAAUACUUUCCCAGGGAGCAGCCAAGUGGUUUCUCUUCAUCUGGAGCUCUGUAAAAUCCAUGAGAUCGAAGCUGGAGCCUUCAGAGGAAUGAAGAAACUUUAUUACCUGUACCUGUCUGAUAAUGAGCUCACGUCUCUGCACCCAGACACCUUCUCUGGAACACCUGAGCUCACCUACCUGCACCUGGAUGGGAACAGACUGGGGCAGUUUCCUGGAGCAGCUCUGAAGCUCCUACCUGCUCUGUUUGUGUUACACCUGGAGAGAAAUGCCAUCUCUAAACUGGAGCCAGCUGGUCUGCUAUCGUCCGUCACACCUGCUCUCAGAGAACUUUACCUGAGUAAUAACACCAUCAGCUCCAUCUCAGAGGGAGCUCUGGACUCAGCUCACCUGGGUAUACUUCACCUGGACUCAAACCUCCUGACGGACGUCCCCACACACGCUCUGUCUGACAUCGCUCACCUGGAGGAGCUCCACCUGUCCCACAAUGCUCUUCAACAGAUGAGACCGAACGCCUUCCAACCAAUAUCCCAGAGUCUGAGGAGGCUUCACCUGGAUCACAUUGGCCUGCAGAAGAUGUCUGUGGUCGGUCUGGGUCCUGCUCUGAGGACGCUGACUCUGAGAGGAAAUCUGCUGCAGGAUGUUCCUGAUCUGGACUCGUUCUCCGGCCUCGAGGAGGUCGACCUGCAGGACAACCCUUUGAAGUGUGACUGCUCUCUGCUCCACCUGCGCAGGUGGAUGGAGAAGGUGAGCUCCCAGGUGAUAGCUACCUGUGCUAACCCUCUUGAGGUUAAAGGUCAGAGUGUCAGAGAGGCAGAUGUCUUUCAGUCGUGUCCUGAAAUCGUCGCUCCUCCAGAUCAGACGGAUAUUUCGUCCUCCGAGCUUUUAAAAGUGAAGAAACUCAAACCGAGUGUGUCAGAGAAGGCUGCAGUUAAAGCAAAGAGCAAAAAUAAACCAACAAAGAAGAAGAAGAAACCUCAGAGGAAAGCUGCUGCAGCAAAAAAGAGCAAGAAGACUCUGUAA